UUUCAGCACCCGCCCGCGAGAAAUUCGAAGCCCUCCCGCCGAGCAGAAAACUAUGUCGCGAGGCCCUCUUCGCGCCCGCGCGCGCCUGUUUCAUUCCUUUCGCCGUCCCUACUCGCGACCCCCUAUAGUAUUUAUUGUCGGCGCCCCAGGCUAGGCCGCCCGAGGACUGCGCGACGCCACCACGCGGGCCUCCAGUCAAACGCCCCGGGCUGAAUGGCUGAAGCGCCCGCCAAGCGCCACUGCAGCGCACCAACCGGCGUGUCGCUGCUUUGGCGUGCCAAAGAGCUGGGCCAGCUGCAAGCUGGGGCGCUGGUGUUCGCGGCAUGGGUGGCGCGGAGUAAGAGCCGCUUCCCGGAGGUGGUGUACUACUGCAGCAGCGACGUGUCGGAGGAGCAGCUUGGGCGGGCCGACCACGAGCAGCUUCUGGGAGCGCUGCAGAGUCUUACCUCGCAGCAUCUGCUGGGUCAGCUCUGCGGCCUGGCUCCGGAGCAGGUUGCGGUGACCAGGCUUGAGGAGUACGACACGUCAGCCACCAGCAGCAGCGCCGCGCCCACCCAGCCUGCAGACGUCAAGCGCAGCCACAAGGAGCGCCUACAGCGGCUGCUGGAAAGCGCAGGGCAGUGCUCGGAUGGGCCCUUCCUGGCUUACGUACUUACAGCCGGCCACAAGGUUGUCGUGAAGCAGCUUGUUGGCGGCGGCCUGGCGCGCGCCACCUUCUGCAGUGAGGAGUGGGGCGCGGCAUUCGAAGACAAGAUGUACAUCGCGCGCACAACAUGGCCGCCGGGGGCCAUGAGCAUGGAGCUGCCGGCGGGGCACCUGGGCUGGUACGCGGCGUUCCUUGCGUACGGCCGCGGCGCAUACGUCCUGCACCCAACCGCUGAGUCGUGGCUGCUGCCUGACGCGGUGGCAGAGGAGCAGCCUGAGAGUACCGGGCACGUGUGGCGCAUCUCGUCCGCGCCUGUCGCCGUGCAGUUGGAGCAGCGGCUUGGGCAGCCGCCCCGCAUGACCUGCACCUGCAGCAGCUUCAGGGUCGUGGGCGCCGCCGUGAGCAGGUGCCUGCACACCGCCUACGUCAGCAGUGUGGAAUGGCUGCUGGAGGCGGGGCCGCCGCCGCCUCGGCUGGUCCCAGCCGCACGGUGCGCGCGGUCGGACGAUGGGCGGGUGCUGCCGGGCGACUACAUCUGGCUGCCGGGGCGGACGCUGGUGGCGUGUACACGGCAGACAGGGGCGCUUCGCUGCUGCCACAGCGGCUGCGGCGCUGCCUGCCAGCAUGUCACGGAGGCACGGGCAGCGUUCGAGCCGCACCUGCUGCCUGCAGUAGCAGUGGCGGCGGCGCCGGCGGCGGCAUCUUCUGGGCAAAUCAGGACACCAGCGGGCGCGGAGGGCGACGCAGAUGACACCCAGACACAGCAGGCUGGAGCGCCAGCGCCAGCAGCAGCAGCAGCAGUAGCGGACGAGGCGGUUGAGGAGGCAGUGCCGCCGCCGUCGGAAGUGCGGUACCCAUACCCGCCUGACAAGGCAACCAUCAUCGCCAUGAUGACGUUUGAGCUGUCACUGAUGCAGCUGCAGGGCGAGCGGCUAGCAGCGGCGGGGGGUGGCGGCGGAAGCGGUGGUGCCAAUGGCAGCAGCGGCGGCGGCGCGGUCUUGAAGCUAGCCCCGCCGCUGCCGCCAAGCGGCUGCUGUGCCUGUGGCCAGCCCUACACGGAGCGCAGGGUCGCAACCGUUACCACUGUGUACGGCCCAGAUACUGUCGGCCCCGUGCGCGCGCACCUGUUCGAGCUGUACUCCGGCUGCUCCUGCCUGGCGUGCGUGAUGGCGUAUGACGGCGUCGCAGACGGGCUCUUUCGCUACAGCAGGAGCUCCUUCUUCUGCCUCCGCCACAUGUACACAUAUGCGGACCAGCUCCUCGGCAGCGGCAUGAACGUGGAGGCGUACGUCAGCUCACAGCGGCGCCUGGCAGCAACGACGCUGCUUGCGGACGCGCAGCGGCCGAAGCAGUUCUCUGCGACGCUGUUCCGGCGCACAUGGCAGCAGUUUGAGGCGCGGCUCGACCGCUUUCACACUUUCAAAUGCCCCAUCUGCGACUGGCGGCCUCGUGUGCUGAUCUGCGAUGCCACGGCUAUCACGUUCUUGGUGGAGCACUACCGUGGCACACCGGUAACGACGCUGGCGGCGCAGCUCAGCAGCGGGAGGCGGGAGCACAAGCGCUCCGACCGCUGCUGGUGCCCGGAGGAGAAGGGGCGGUCGGCGCUGCGCGGCUUCAGUAGCGCACUGUUGGGCGACGGCAAGGACGUGUACGGGCACCGCGUAGAGGGCUGGGCUGGCGCGGCGGACAGCGUCAUGCUGCAUUCCUCGCCAGCUGCUCUGGAGGCCGUGCAUGCUAGCCUACCGGAGGCAGACCGCGCCUCUGGCCUGACGGUCGGCUUUGUGCGGGUUGUAUCCAGCGCGGUCUCCUCGGUGGGAGGCGUGCCAGGCUCCCCGGCGCGGCUGGCGCUGGCGCGCCUGUUGGAUUGCAUGGGCAGCACCGCGCCCGCCGUCGCCUACAUGCCGCUGCUGUAUACAGCCGCAUCUGACGCGUGCGCUAUGGUAGUGGAGAGCCAGCCUCAGCACCCAGCCGUCUCGCUCGCACUGGCCACCCUAGCGGAUGCGCUGAAGGAUGGCGCACCCGUGCUGUCGCGGGCGCUGACUGUGCUUUCUCAGCACGCCUCCAUUGUACCGGUCGCCGCCAUGCUCCCAAUCGCCGUGUUUCUGCGGCGGCUGAGCCAGCUGGCUCAGCUGUGUGGCACCGGUUGCGACGGCGGGCCGUCGCUUGAGGCCACUGGCGCAGCCUCCGCUGAGACAGACGAGUGCCUGCUAACGGCCAACUGCUGUGGCCUUGGUGUCGUGCGGCCGCGGUAUGCCAUGGGCAUGGACGGCAAGAGUGGCAGCGCGGACGAGGAGGGAGGGGCGGCUUCCUGCAAACACAACUUCUGUGCGCGGGGCCCGCGGACUGGCGGCAUCUUCACGGUGUUCUGUGAGCACGGUGUGUGCUAUGCGUUCUUUGUGUUGCCGCGGGCUGAGGGGCGGAAUGAGAUGUACAGCUGGAUGGUGUCGUUCCUACCGCGUGCACCUGAGGUGGUGGUGUACGACUUCGCGUGCAGCUUGCACGAGUACUGCCUCAACCGGGCCCCAGCGUUCUUCUGCGGCACACGCUUUGUGGUGGACCGCUUCCACUGGAGCAACCACACCGGCUGCUCGCACGCCUACAACAUGUCACUUUACCCGGACCUGGACGGACUUAACUCGGAGGUGGCGGAGCAGGUGAACAGCCAGCUGCAGCCAUACAAGUCCAUGGUCAGCCAGAUGCGGCAGGACAACUUCAUGUCCUGCUUGCGGUUUGUGCUGGGGAGCAAGAACACCGAGCGCAUCAGCAAGAUUAUGAAGCACCUGAAGCAUGCGCUUACACUUUGAGACUGGGAGGCAUGGGGACGGUGCACGGUUACAGGGUUAGAUGGGCGCCUGGGCGGUUAAUGAUUGGGAUCACGUGCCAUGAAGCGCUGCAGCACGCCCUUUGAAUGAAGCACUGCAGGCGAUGCAAAUGCUGUGCCCGCUGAGUGUGCAGUUGAUUGGCGUGAAGUCGAUCGGGCGCUUAGUGGACCAGUGCGGGUAGUGCGGGCACAAGCUGAGGUGUAAGCUGAUAGAUAA